AUGCUCAAUCUUUUAUGUCUACAAUUUAUUAUUUUUAAUAUUAUAAUAGUUAAUUCUGCAAGUAAAUCUCCAAUAAGACAAUAUCAAAAUAUUUUUAAUAAACCACAAUUUUAUUAUCAACAAGAACAAACAAUUACUGGUCAAAAAUGGUAUUAUUCAGCAAAUCAACAACAACAACAACCAUCACCAUCAAUUUAUUCAUGGCAUUCGACAAAUCAUGAUAUACCAUCGAAAAAUUUUUAUAAAAAUACUCUAUCAAUACAACAAAUUGAUCAAUUAUCAAAUUGGUCAUGUGGAAGAAGUCAAGUAACAAAUCGUUUUGGUCGUAUUAUGGGUGGACAAAAUGCUGUACCACAUUCAUAUCCAUGGAUGGUAUCAUUAGCUAAACGAUCAUUAAAUAAUUUACAUUUAUGUGGUGGUGUUCUAUUAACAAGACGACAUGUAUUAACAGCUGCACAUUGUAUAGAAGAUUUUAAAGGUAUAUCAGAUAUGAAUAUAUUAGCUGGUAUACAUCAUGUUAAUGAAAAAAAACUUUCAAUAUCUGCAUUAUCAAUUGAUAUACAUCCUCAAUAUGAUUCUGAAACAUUUGCUAAUGAUGUUGCAAUAAUAACAUUAAUAUCACCAUUACCUGAUAGUGAUCCACGUAUUGGAACAAUUUGUUUACCACCAGAUGAUCUUAUAGGAAAAAGUUAUCCACCUAUAAAAUCUGCUGCAGUAGCAAUUGGUUGGGGUUCAACAUCAUUUGGUGGUCGUCCAUCUACAUCACUUAAACAAGUUGUUUUACCUAUUCUUGAAACAACAAAAUGGCCAUGUAGUGUAUAUGUAACUUAUGCUCAAGGACAAAUUUGUGCAGGAGAACUUAAUGGUGGUAUUGAUACAUGUCAAGCUGAUUCAGGUGGACCAUUAAUGGUAGAAAAUUCAGAUAAUCGUUGGGAAAUAAUAGGUAUUACAUCAUUUGGUAAAUCAUGUGGUAAACCAAAUACACCUGGAGUUUAUACACGUGUAGGCACUUAUAAUAGUUUUAUUCGAUCAAUUAUAAAUCUCUCAAGAAAUAGACAUUAUUAUCCUUCUUCUUCUUCUUCUGCCAGUUUACGAAUAUAUUCAAAUAAUUUUAUUCUCAGUAUUUUCUUGAUGAUAGUAUCUUUUUUAUUGUGA